AAUUGAAAUAUGGCCCAGAGUGACUUCCUCUAUCCAGACAACCCAAGGAGGCGGCAGGAAGUGAACCGUCUUCACCAGCAGCUCCUUGAUUGCUUAUCUGACAGUUUCCAUGCAACCAAUAAGCUCAUAGGUGUCUUAAACGUGCACUUGGGGUGCAAGCUGGCCUCUAUUGAAAUGAAAAGAGAUGGUACCAUAAAAGAAAACUGUGAUAUCAUCAUUCAUGCUGUGACAAACAUUCAAAAGGAACUGCAAAAAGUGGAUGAAGCACUCAAAGACAAACUAGAGCCAACCCUCUAUAGAAAACUUCAGGAUAUUAAGGAGCGGGAAACAGAGAAAAUUGCAAUAGUACAAAAGGUUAUGUCAGUCAUCCUGGGCGAAGCCACAUCUGCAGCCAGCGCAGUGGCUGUUAAACUCGUGGGCUCAAACAUCACAACUGGCAUCAUUAACAAGUUGGUCAGCGUGUUAGCUCAAAUUGGUGCUUCUCUCCUUGGUAGUAUUGGAGUUGCUGUUCUUGGCCUUGGCAUAGAUAUGAUCUUCCGCGCCAUCCUGGGAGCAGUGGAGAAAACACAGCUUCAAACAGCCAUCAAAAGCUAUGAGAAGCAUUUGGUGGAGUUCAAGACAGCGUCAGAAAAAUAUAAUGAUGCCAUUACUGAGGUCGCCGAUACAGUGAAAUGCCAAAUGAAAUGAAUCAUCAUUUCACUUCCCAAUGAAACAUUCUUCUGCUUUCUUCUUAGUACCAGUGCUUGCUUUUUUUUUUUUAAUUAGGUUCCUUUCCCACAUGUUUCCAAUGUGAACAUAAAUAGGAUAAAUAAUUUGAAAGGAGAACUGGAGAUGCUAAAACUAGAUGACUCUUGAGUUGUGUGUCAACAAUGAAUGCCUGGAUCAGUCGGUGCUAAAUCCUUCCAAGUAAAUGCUCAUACCCCAGAAUGUUUUUUCACCCUCUUCUAUAGAUCUGCAUUAGGGUAAAUGCUAUCAUAAAGGAGCAGGUGUAGGGAAUACUCUCUUUUCUAAAUUCCUAUUAAAA